GUCAUCUCAUCAGUCGCUCCGCAACGAGCUCGCGAGUCGAACGUCAGUCAGUGAGCUGAGAAACAACAGUUCCAACAACACGUAAAAAGCGAGAGAACGGACGAAAACAGUGAAAAAAUCAAAAUAAAAAUAGUGAAUUAGUCGCCAGAAGGGGAAAAAACUGAAAUUGAAGUGAUUAUUGUUUCCUCCGAACGCUGCUGCCCGCGAAGCAUUCGUCCGUGAAGGAAGUGCGAAAACAAUGCAUUUGGUGUGUGAUUGUCCAGCAGCAGCAGAAUCAUCUCCAAGGUUGUAGUGAACGAACAAGGAAAAUCGUCAAUCAACAGUUAUGAUUCCCAGUUUGAUGGCCGCACUCCAACGGCACCGAUGGCUGUUUGCCUUGGUUGUACUGCUCAGGGCAUCAUCCGAAGCUAUUGCCACGGGAGGCGGAUCGACGGCGCCGUCUUCGGCUGCGGCAGCGGCAGCGACACCAGCUGCCCUCAUCGUGGUGUCGUAUGACGCAUUCCGGACCGAGUAUCUGAGGCGCAAUAGCACGUCCUUUAUGAACGAGCUGAGGCGGAAUGGAACCACGGCGGAAUACCUGCGAAAUGUGUUCCCCACGAAAACGUUCCCCAACCAUCAUAGCAUCGCCACCGGAGUUUAUCCGAACCAGCACGGGGUGAUGGCCAACGAAAUCUACGAUCACAUUCGGGGGAAGUUCGAGUACUCGUACGAGAUGUACCACUUCAGUGACGACAUCGUGCCAAUCUGG